AUGGCCACCGUUUACCCCCACCCUGAACCUCAGUUUGUGCACUUUUCCAGUCGCCGCUCCGUUGUACACAGUACGAAAGGAAUCGUCUCAUGCACUCAGCCUCUCGCAACCGCUGCUGGCAUCGACAUCCUGCGGAAAGGCGGCAAUGCCGCGGACGCAGCAGUGGCCGUUGCAGCAGCUAUCAACGUCACUGAGCCUGGGUCCACUGGCAUCGGUGGUGACAUGUUCUGUCUCUUUUACGAUGCCAAGACCAAGAAGGUGUCCGCUAUGAACGGAUCUGGACGCUCUGGCGCAGCCGUCACACUUGACAGAAUCAGGAAAGACCUCAAGAUCCAAGAUGGCGAGACCGGCGAGAUCCCCAUGGACAGCGUACACGCAGCGACAGUGCCUGGUGCAGCCGCAGGUUGGGUCGAUUGCCACGAGCGCUUCGGCAGCGGCAAAGUGAGCCUGGAAGAGAUUCUUGCGCCAGCUAUCGACCUGGCUGAAAACGGCUUCCCUGUUUCUGAGUUAUCCGCCACAUUUUGGGCGCAAAGUGAAUCAGCGCUCAGGAAAGCAUCACCAAACGGACAUGAGAUGCUGAAAAAGGACUCAUCAGCAAAGGACGGCUGUAGGGCGCCGAAGGCUGGUGAAGUCAUGAAGAACCCUACCAUUGCUAACACGUUCAAACUGCUUGCAAAGCAUGGCAAGAAGGGCUUCUACGAGGGUGAAGUCGCUGAGCAGCUUGUAAAGGUUGUGUCCGAUCUUGGCGGCUACCUCACCCUGGACGAUUUGAAGCAUCACGCGGAAACUGGCUCUGAGCCUGUAGACCCUAUUUCGCUCAAGUAUACCGGCCAAGGUGUUGGUGAGUCUACUAAUGGUGGCAUCGAGCUUUGGGAACACCCUCCAAAUGGCCAAGGCAUCGUCGCACUGAUGGCACUUGGUAUCAUCCAGGAGCUUGAAAAGCAAGGCAAGAUCUCGAAGUGGGGCCUGAAAGACCACAACACAGCCCAGCAUCUCCACGCCACCAUCGACGCUCUCCGCAUUGCCUUUGCAGAUGCGCACUGGUUUGUCACCGACCCGAAUGUUGUCAAGGUGCCAUCUGCCGAGCUUAUCUCGCAAGAGUACCUCGCUGAACGUGCCAAACUCUUUGAUCCUAAGAAGGCCGCCGAGACCCCAGUCCACGGCUCGCCGGCUCACCUCCGAAGCGAUACCGUAUAUUUCUGCUGCACUGACCAGGAAGGCAAUGGAAUCUCGUUCAUCAACAGUAACUACGGCGGCUUUGGCACUGCCAUUAUCCCCAAGGGCUGCGGCUUUACUCUGCAGAACCGCGGUGCAAACUUCAAUCUCACAAAGGGACACCCCAACGAGCUCGCGCCCCGGAAGCGACCGUACCACACCAUCAUCCCCGGUCUUACGACUUACAGUGACGGUAGCUUGCACUCUGUCUACGGCGUCAUGGGCGGCUUCAUGCAACCCCAGGGUCACGUGCAGGUCCUGCUGAACCAGGAAGUCUUCAAACUGAACCCGCAAGCGGCACUUGACUCGCCGCGCUUCUGCAUUGGCGCCGGUAUGCCGAGCACUGAUGGCAAGCUGACAGACGCGACAGUAUACCUCGAGGAAGGCAUCGACGCCAAAGUCGUCGAGGAGUUGAGAGCGCUGGGUCAUAAUGUCAAGCAGCUAAGUGGGUACGGACGAGGCAUGUUCGGUCGCGGGCAGAUCAUUCGGAGGCAUACAGAUGAUGGGUUGACUGUCUGGAGCGGUGGAAGCGAUUUGAGGGGUGAUGGCGCUGCUGUCCCACUCUAA